CAAGGGUACAAAUACCAUCCGACAAAGCCCUCUUUUCCACCAAUCUAAUACUUGGUUAAUUAAAACCAUAUUCAACUUCUCACCAUCACUGUAUAGCAACACGCUCUAAGCUUCUGAUUCUUUGGAAAAUUUUCUCAUGGUCAUGGAGUUCUUUCAUAACACGAAAGCUGUUAGACUCAGAAGUCAUCUGGACAAAUAUUUAGUGGCGGACGAUGAUCAAGAAAGCACAAGACAGAGCCGGAACGGUGGCUCGAAAAAAGCCCGUUGGCUAGUGGAGGUCGUCGACCGCGGUACUAGUGAUAUUAUUCGCCUCAAAAGUUGCCACGGGAAAUAUUUGACCGCCUCGAACGACCCUUUUCUUCUGGGGAUGACCGGUAACAGAGUCCAACAAACCGUGCCGGAAAACAUGAAGGACUUGAGAAUUGAAUGGGAGCCGGUUAGAGAUGGAUUUCAGGUGAAGUUAAGGGCCUAUGGAGGUACAUAUUUGCGGGCUAAUGGAGGCACUCCGCCAUGGAGAAACUCGAUGACUCACGAUAAACCUCAGACGGGUUCAACUUAUAAUUGGAUUCUGUGGGAGGUGGAGGCUGUAGAUGUCCCGGAAGAUGAGCAUCUUAAUGAUUACUUGUCGAUUGUUUCGAGUUUUUCAUCUGUCUCUGAUGAACUCUCCGGCUUGGAGCUCGGGUCCCCCAUGUCAAUACGUUCUAGUUUUAACUCUCCAAGAGCAUCUACAACUCCAAGAAAGAGUCCUCUGCUGAAGAUUACAGCGAUGGAACUCUUUCACAACGCCAAGGCAGUGCGGCUGAAGAGCGCGCACAACAAGUACUUGACAGCUGAAGAAGACGAAGAAUCAGUUACUCAAGACCGUAACGGCUCAUCCAAGGCGGCGAGGUGGACGGUUGAGUUUGUCGAUAACGCAGAGAAUAUUAUCCGUUUAAAGAGCUGUUACAACGCGUACUUAACCGCCUCUAACCAGCCCUUUUUGUUGGGAUGGACGGGGCGUAAGGUGGUUCAAACGCACCCCAAGCGGCUUGAUUCCUCGGUUGAGUGGGAACCCAUUAAGGAUGGGAAUCAAGUGAAGCUGAAAACGAGGUAUGGGCAGUUCUUGAGAGCUAAUGGUGGGCUGCCCCCUUGGAGAAAUUCGGUUACUCAUGAUAUUCCUCAUCGUACUUCUACUCAAGAUUGGAUUUUGUGGGAUGUUCAUGUCGUCGAUAUUGUGGUUAAGUCUCCCGCUCCUAGACCUCCUCCGCCUUUGGUAACUCAUGUGGAUUCCGAAUCGUCUUCUCCCUCCACACAUUCCUCCAAAUCUGCAAGCUUUUCUAGACAAGAGUCUGGUGAUUCUUUGGGAAGUUCGCCACGUAAGGGAGGUGAAGGCAGGUUGAUAUAUUAUAGUGUUGCUGAUGGAUAUGGAGAAGUUGACGAGGGAGUGGAGGAGCUUUGUAUCUCGUUCAAAAGCAAUGGCGUGGAGGAGUUGACAAAAAGAUUGGAAGAAGAGACCGGGCUUGAGGAUAUUGUGGUGUGUACAAGGAGUCCGUUGAAUGGGAAGCUUUAUCCUCUUCGUUUGCAGCUUCCUCCAAAUAAUGCAACUAUGCGCGUCAUUGUAGCCCAAUCCUCAUCCAAAGCAGUGGCUAGAAGUUUCCCAAAACCAGUCCUGUCAUUGUAGAACAAAUUAGAGAGAAAUACAAUACUGGCGUAAACAGAAAUGCCACUCCACACGUUUAUGCCUGCUAUUGCUGUAAGUUCGCCCAAUGUUUGGGAGCCCUGGAGAGGAUAUAUUUUUGAAUUCUUAAAGCGUCUGUAAAUAUGUUACACGUCAUAAAUUGUGCCUGCUAGGCUGUCCUUUCUGUUAUUUUGGAGGAAUGGAGGGAAUUAAUUUUGUAGUUUU